AUUGACGAUACACAAAUUACACACCUGCACUCUACCGAAUCUUGACGAGGCAGGUCCAUCGCUGCUGUCAGUGUCUGUGCAUGGCGUGUACCCGCAAAUUGACUCCAGAUUCGCCAAUUGCUCGCUCUGUACAAGACAACAACCGCAGUUUGUUCUCAUGAAUUUCUUUUACUUGCUGGCGGUCUUUUCGUGUUGCAUUUGAGCCUUCCAUUACAGGUCUUCUUGUACAUACAGCAUCAUCCAGAUCUUUACCACGAUAUGAGUGCAGGGUGCCCUCCCCGCACCUGAGCGGACUUUGGUGGUUGAGUGCGCCUCGAAGUACCAGUUUUUGUAUUUGCCGCCAUGUUUGCACGGUGCAGAAGCCCUAUAUGGCGGGUCGAUGACCUGAGCCCUUGCUUUGAGGCAGACUACCUUCAGACCCUCUUUCCCCUUCUAGCAUGUGCUAUAUCGGCCUUGCUCCUGGUCCUCCAAAUCGUGCGUCAAAGGACUAAACAAAGACAUCGCAAGAGUCGUACUCGCAGUUUGUUGCUGGAUAUCAGCGACGAUGAGGAAGGAGAUUCUACAGAGGAAAACGAGGACAGCCUCGCAAGGCUCACGCUACAAAAGACCAUCAGCCAUGAUGCUCAUGGGUUGAAGGAUGUGGACAAGCCAACCGGGGAAGUCUUCCUAGUCACGGCCGAGUUCUUACUUGUCUUGGGACAGUUCGUGGUUAACAUUAUCGGCACUCUGCAUCGUGCAGCUGGGAAAAGGCAUUCAGCAGUAGCGGAAACGCUGGUGUCUGCAUACCUUGUCCUUCUUGCAGGCGUCCGGUUGCUUUCCUCAACGACACGGUGGAAGUCUCCGAUAAAGGGACUCUGGGACCACACUGCAGCCCUCUAUAUCACCCAGUGGUUACUCCUGGUCUGGGUCUUUCGAUCUGUGCUCAUUCAUCCUACUAGCCGCCUUUCUCAGCAAUUGACGAUAGCCUCGUUCGCCAUCACAAGCGUUCUGGUUUUGAUCGUACUGUGCUCUCGACGCGGAAACAAAGAGGUGGUCCUGGAAUAUGAAGGCGAUAUUGAACCAUCUCGCGAGCCUCUGGCCAGUGUCCUGUCCUUGAUUACCUUCGCUUGGGUGGACCCCAUCGUCUGGAAGGGAUUCAAGAAGACCUUGGAACUGUCUGAUGUGUGGAACGUCGCACCUUCGGAUAAGGCUGAGGUCGUGCUGGACGUCUUUCGUCAGAUUCAAAAGACACAUUCACUCGCCGUACGGCUUCUGCUGCAUUUCAAAAAGGAGCUUCUCAUACAGGGCGCUUGGUGCAUGCUGGCGAGUGUGUUCAUGUUUCUACCCACGUUGCUCCUAAAAGCUGUCUUGGAAUACCUGGAGAAUACCGAUCGCAUCCCCGUUACUGCAGCUUGGUUAUACGUUAUCCUCCUUUUCGCCACCGGAGCGGUGCAGGCUAUUGGCGAUGGCCAAGCUCUCUGGAUUGGAAGAAAGAUCAGCAUUCGUCUCAGGGCCAUCAUCGUUGGUGAAAUAUACUCCAAGACUUUGCGUCGAAAGGCUGCAGCAAACACAGAUUCAGACAUUGGAAAGGAGAAGAGCCAGGAUAAGCAGGCAUUCUGGGCCAAGGUGAAAUCGUCCUGGAAGACCAUGAGAAGCCGGCAUCACAGUGAAGCCACGAAGAGUUCUGACCCUAAAAAGGCCAGCACCCCACAGGCCAAUAACGGCACGGUUAUCAAUCUUAUGUCUGUGGACUCUUUUAAAGUUGCCGAUAUCUGCGCAUAUCUACACUUCCUUUGGGCUGCCGUGCCUGUUCAACUCAUCAUGGCUGUGAGCUUGUUGUAUAAGGUUUUGGGGUUCAGCUCUUUUGCUGGGAUCGUGUUGAUGAUUCUCAUUCUGCCGCUGAAUCUUUACAUUGCAAAGUCUUUCCAAGCUGCGCAGAAAAGAAUCAUGGCAGCGACCGAUGCCCGGAUCCAUGUGACCAACGAGGUGCUCCAAAAUAUCCGAAUAAUCAAAUACUUCGCCUGGGAGCAACGGUUUCAGAAUAACGUCAAUGAGAAGAGAAAGAUCGAGUUGGACGCGCUCUGGCGAAAAUACGUUUUGUGGGCUUCGGCAGCGACAAUCUGGAGUGGUGUUCCGAUCAUCAUCACCUUCACUUCAUUCUUCAUCUACACGAAAAUCGAGAAGCGACCUCUUGUGCCUUCGGUGGCCUUUCCCGCGUUGUCGAUGUUUUCUCUCCUCCGUGUACCUCUAGACCAGCUCGCUGACAUGGUGGCGCAUGUACAAGAGUCUAAAGUCUCGGUUGACCGUGUCGAAAAAUUCCUUGAGGAGGAAGAGACCGAGAAGUACAUUCAGCUACGUCAGAGCAGGCGUUUCAGUGUCCCAUGCACCCGCAUUGCUCUGGAAGACGCCACGUUGACAUGGGGAACAGCCGGUCCAGACGGCCCAGAUUCCUUCCGCCUCAUCAAUAUCAAUGUCGAUUUCGAGAUAGGCAAACUCAGCGUCAUUGCUGGUCCCACCGGGUCUGGGAAGACGUCCUUGCUCAUGGCCCUGCUCGGAGAGAUGCAGUUAGUCCACGGUCAUGUUUACAUUCCGGGCGGUUAUGCCCGGCAAGAACUACGUCCGGAUCCUUCUACCGGCCUGACUGACAGCGUGGCCUAUUGCGCACAACAAGCCUGGCUGGUCAAUGCAACCAUCAAAGAGAAUAUUCUUUUUGCAAGCCCAUACGAUGAGGACCGGUACCUCGAAGUCAUCUCAAUCUGUGCUCUUGAGCGUGAUCUCGAAAUACUCGAUGCAGGGGAUCAGACACUAGUAGGAGAGAAGGGAAUCUCUCUUUCGGGGGGCCAGAAGCAAAGGAUUUCUUUGGCAAGAGCGAUAUAUUCGAAUUCCAAGCAUCUCCUGCUCGACGACUGCUUGAGCGCGGUUGAUGCCCAUACAGCGAAGCACAUCUUUGAGCAAGCCUUGACUGGGGAUAUGAUGGCCAAUCGAACCUGUAUUCUGGUUUCUCACAACGUUGCACUGACUGUUCCUCUCGCCAGUCAAGUCGUUGUCCUCCAGAAUGGCAAGAUUGUCGCCCAAGGGUCGCCACAACAGAUCGUCGAGAGUGGUGCCCUCGGAGACGACCUUUUGAAAUCACGGCCAGUAUCCCGAGCGAAUUCGCAACCACCUUCUCGGGUGCCUUCCAAUCUAGAAGAGGAGACAUCCAAGUUAUCGGGUGGUGACGGACAUGUGACCCCUGGUUCCCGUGGAAGAGGUGCCAACAAAGCCAGGUCAAAGGUUAAUGUACCUGAAAAGCAAUUCAUCGAUCAUAGACUCGAAACAAAAGCCACAGGGAGCGUCAAGAUGUCGACGAUCAAGAUGUACCUUCAGGCUAUGGGCCCUUGGUAUUACUGGAUCUUUGCAGCGUUCGGGUUCACGGCCACGCAGGUAGGCUCCGUCGCUACCAACUUAUGGAUUCGAGAAUGGGCCAAUGCAUAUCACCUCCGAGGGACACGUUCGGCGCACGCAGCCGUUCAUGCCUUCCACCACACGAAAGGCGUUUACUCAGCAACUGGUUUCGGAGGGUCGUUUGUCCAGAUACCAGACACUGCCGGCAAUGCGAGCAAGGCAUGGGUUACCAAGACACUCUCCGACGUCAAUGCUGGGUAUUACCUAGGGGUGUAUGCUAUCAUUGGCGUCGUCUACGUGGCAAUCUGCUUCUCGAGAGAGCUUAUACUCUUCUGGGGUUCCCAGCGGGCUUCUUGGCGCAUUCACGAGAAACUGCUCACAAGCAUACUGCGGGCAAAAUUCCGCUUCUUUGACUCGACACCCCUUGGACAGUUAACGAACCGGUUCUCGAAGGACGUUCAGGCUCUCGACCAGGAAGUUGCUCCUGUGGCGAUAGGCAUGCUUCACAGUGCAGCGGCCGUCCUCACAAUCGUGAUUUUGAUCUCUGUCAUCACCCCAGGAUUUUUGAUCCCGGGAUUCUUCAUCACCAUUAUGUAUGUCUUGACCGGGUGGUUGUACAUCCGUUCGUCUCGAGACCUGAAGAGAAUCGAAGCCGUUCAGCGGAGUCCUCUAUUCCAGCAUUUUGGCGAAACCUUGACCGGUGUGGUUACGAUUCGGGCGUACGGAGACGAGGCACGAUUUAUUCACGAGAGUCAUGUGCGAGUGAACACGCAUAAUCGUCCGUUCAUCUAUCUAUGGGCGACGAACAGAUGGCUGUCAUUUCGGAUCGACAUCGCAGGAGCUUUGGUUUCAUUCUUCUCGGCCAUGUUCCUAAUCGUCAACGCAGGCCGCAUCGACCCGGGUGCUGCUGGUCUGGCACUAUCAUACGCCAUUACUUUCACGCAGAAUGUUCUGUGGCUUGUUCGACUGUACGCGGCUAACGAGCAGAACAUGAAUGCCGUCGAACGAAUCCAGGAGUAUGUCGAUGUCGAACAAGAAGCACCUGCUCAUAAUCCAGAUACGAAGCCGCCGGCAAAUUGGCCCAGCCAGGGAGCUGUUGAAUUCAUCGGAUACAGCACGAGAUACCGGCCUGACCUCGACCCGGUCCUCAAGCAUGUGUCGUUCCGCGUUGAACCCGGACACAAAGUUGGGAUCGUAGGCAGAACUGGGGCCGGGAAGAGUUCGCUCGCACUGGCUUUGUUCCGGGGACUGGAAGCCGAAGAGGGCAAAAUCCUGAUCGACAAUGUCGACAUUGGACUCAUUGGGCUGCAGGAUUUGCGUGAGGCCAUCACGAUUGUGCCUCAAGACCCAACCCUCUUCAGCGGCACAUUGAGGAGCAAUUUGGAUCCGUUCGAGUUGUUCACUGAUGAGGAGGUCUUCACUGCCCUUCGGCAGGUUCAUCUUAUUCCUGGCGCCCAUGGAAGCCCGGAUCGAUCGGUAUCAGAGACACCACACGGAGGCUCCAGUAGGUCGCUCACACUCCGAGAGAAUCCUACUCCCAAUGGUGAGCAGUCCACCUCGGCCAACGGGACGGUAAGAUCGGACUCGACCUUGGUACAGUUUGCAAGCAAUAGCAAAGACAACAAAAACAUCUUCCAAGACCUAUCAUCGCCGGUGGCAGAGUCAGGCUCAAACUUGUCUCAGGGGCAACGGCAGCUUCUUUGCCUGGCGAGGGCGCUGCUAAAGGCUCCCAAAGUUCUGGUCAUGGAUGAAGCGACGGCGUCGAUUGACUAUGCCACGGAUUCCAAGAUCCAGGAGACCUUACGGGAGCUGAAGAACAAUACGAUUUUGACCAUCGCCCACCGCCUGCAGACGAUCAUUGAUUACGAUCGAGUUCUGGUGCUUGACAAGGGUGAAGUCGUUGAAUAUGCUGACCCAUAUGAACUGAUUCAAAAAGAGGGUGGUCACUUCAGGGCCAUGUGUGAAACAAGCGGCGAUUUUGACUCACUGUUUGAACUGGCCAAAAAAGCAUGGUUGGACCGGAGACUGGUUGAUGACUCUGUUUGAGAAAGAAUCAUUCGUACGCGGUCGUGUUUAGACCAGGAGGGUGGCAUGUUUGUUGACUUUAUCUUGUACUUUUGACGUGGGAGGAUCAUCUGCUUUUGAUUCGUUUCAUUGAUAGCCAAGGGCGGUUGACUCGGACUGUUCUACACUUGUACACUUUUUGGAGUGAUGGACGGGACGGUGGGUGUGUCUCUGUCCAACGUUGCACAUAUAUUCCAGACCAGGAAACACCUUAUUAGAUGAGUCGUCGCCAGAUGGCAGCAAAUAAAAAUACUUUUCCUGUGUCGCUUAAUACAACACCUGCUGGCUUGACUACCUGAGUGCUCUCCUCUAGCAAACUGCAUCUCAGGUACGUGAAAAAGCGCCACUGAUGGCAGAUUUCUCGUGUUAGUGUUGGCGCGGGUUCAGAGCGAGAGCGGAAAAGCGAAUGGGUCCAGCAGUGGACAUCCGGAUUGAGAAAGGAAGAUUUACCUGGCAUACCCUACACUGGCAACAGCAGUCACAGCCUUGUCUUCCCCACAGAGUUUCCCCCUUUCUUCCAGCGAGCCAAUCAUAUACUGCGAGGCUGCCACUUUUGAUACCGAGACUCCUAGUACCUGCUGUCUUCACACCACUUCUCCUACCACUGCUUAUUCUUGAGUAGUUCUGGGCGCGCACGGCGGUGCUUCAAAGCUACACCACUACACCAACGGGUCGUCGCCAUGGGUUGAACGCACGGGCGGGCCUUCCCCGGGCGCGUGACAAAAAGGUUCCUCAGUCCAUUCCGGAAGGCGACGAAUGUCAGCCUGAGAUCCAGUUGUCGAUGAAGGGCUUCAAGUACUUGAUUCACUGGCGUUGGCUUGCCGGGACGUCGACCAUGUCUUGCAAGUUGUGCACAAGCUGGAUCACAGCUAGCCGGGGUGCACGCCUGAAUCUGAUCUUUGCACCUCUCCCUCGCCGCAUCGUUAUGUCUACGGCUUGACGGUAAAGGGUACCUGAUAUGUAAAUAUUAUAUAUACUUUACCAGGAUUCAACUCAAUUCUUGAUCUUGACGGUGUUAGCUAAGCUUCCCGAACGUAUCAAAGGGGCCCCCCCUCGGGCCAUUGAAUUUGGUUUCAGGUAUACAACUACCUAAGGUACGGCGGCCGCUUGGAUGGUACCUAUAUGAACGAAACGUCGCCAAAGGCAACUUUGGAAACAAAAGGUACUACUAGGUAGGUAGCCACCUGUUCAAAUUUUCCAGUGCCGGUGGGCCUUGGGGGAUACAGCGCAACUUUGAACGCAACCGAAUCGUCACGCGGGGGCAUGGCCGGGCCAAUCGUAUCUACAAGCAAAAAGCCCUCACCGGUUUACAUUCAACGAGGGCACUGCGAGGGAGUCGUGGGUGCGAGUGCCCGAAUUGGUUGAUACAGGGCCAGAACCUUGCUAGUGCCGGGCUGAUAUAUGCGAUGCAAUGCGAUGCGCUGCGCUGCCCAUGAGACCCUUACGGACUAGACAAGAAGUAUGAAUUGUCAACGAGAAAAUAAAAGGGGGAGGGGAUGCUUUUGAAUUCUCUCGCCUAUGAUUUCGCCAUUCUGAAAAAAAAGCCAGACACCAACUUUCACCACUUUCAGCGGUUACAAUUUCCAAUUUACACUCCCGACUUGACGCCUCAUCACUGCCCAUUCACUGGCAACCAUCUGUGGAGAAUUGGUUUAGGAUGCACCGUCUAAAUGAAAGAAUAACCGACCAAUAAAUCAUUGUUAGUGGUCUGCAACGCAUAACAUGGAAGAAGAACAGAAAAUCAAGCAAGACUUGGCCAGAGCCUUGUCGGACCAGACAGCAGUCCUCUUCCGGUGACGCGGCCAAAGCGAAAAGAGCCUAGAAUAAAAGAGAAAAAGAAGCAAGAGAAAAGGCUGAAAAGGACCAGGUUAAGCAGGAUCACAAAUAGGACAUAAAAUGAUAAUCUCAGCCCUCCGA